AUGAAGCUCGUCGGCGUGGGCGGUGCCGCUCUGGCGACCGUUAUUGGCGACAGACUCGUUGCAGAAGGUGUUAACCUUUUGUCUCGUUUUGGCAGCGCCGAGUGCGGAUUCCUGGCCUCAUCACAUCGAGACUAUCCUUUCGACAAAGAAUGGCAAUACCUACGGUUUGAUGAUGCCAAGGAGUUUGUCAAGUUUGAAGGCCGGUACGAUGACCUAGCGGAGCUUGUGAUUAAGCCUACCUGGCCCUCCAAAGCUAAGACAAACUUGGACGACGGCUC